UCAUUCCUGGUGAAGGAUCUCUGGACCAGAGUCCACUGGCUCCAGCUCAGCUGGGUAUAGUGUCAGUUCAGAAUCAUUCUGGUCAGACUGUAGACUUGAACUGCAGAUGUGUAAAAACAGACUUUGAGAACUUAGAGCCAAUCUCAAAUGGCCAUGUCUUUAGGCCUCCAGAGGACCCGUGCUCUAUCCUCAAUUUGGACUCCACUCCUAUCUUCACUGUCUCUGCAAAUGUUCCUGAUUCGAGCCGAAGAGUCCUGGAUCUCCCACGCAUUGUGAGGCACAAACCAAGCUCCAUCACCUUCUCACAACAUACCUGUCCCUCAGGAGCCAAUGGCCACGCUCAUGUCAAUGAGACCUCUGACGAUGGAGCGACUUCACCUGAAGGGGAGGAGGAUGAUGAUCAUGAUGAUGGUGAUGAUGAUGAUGAUGAUGAUGAUGAUGAUGAUGAUGACGACGACGAAGACAAUGAUGUGUUUCUAGAGCUGCUUCAGAACAGAGAGCUCGUUGCCAAUCACAGACAAAGGAGCCCAGGCAAAGACAAACAGAAGAGGAGAGGCGCUGCGAGUGCCCGAGCAGAAAUCGAUCACACGGCCAGAAACUGUGGUCAUGAAGCAGAGGGAGAAAGCAGAAGUAAAGAGGAGUCUCUGCAGGUCAAGUCACCCUGGUCGGAGUCGAUGAGCCAGCUGAUGAGGAAACUAGACCAGCUUAAUCUAGACAUAGAGGAGGCUUUGAGUGCAAACUCUUCUCCCUCAGACACACCCUGCACAACCCGCAAAAAACAGUGGGGUGCUGUUUCAAAGUCCACGUUAAACCAAUCCCUAAACGACAAAGUUCUCCAAAGACCAGACAGAGAGGAAUGUCCGAGCCAGGACGGGUCUUCUGCUCCUCGCAGCACCACAGUGGGAACAAGAGCAACAACCAAGAAGAUGAUGUUCAAUAACAUGACCAACGCAGCAGGGGCAGAAAUUGAAGCGAAAGAGGCGUGUGACUGGCUGCGGGCAGCAGGAUUUCCCCAGUAUGCUCAGCUCUUUGAAGAUUCCCAGUUCCCCAUUGACAUUACUCCUGUGAAAAGAGAUCAUGACUUUCUGGACAAAGAUCUCGUGGAACCCCUGUGCAGGCGACUCAACACCUUGAACAAGUGUGCCUCUAUGAAACUUGAUGUCACCCUUCCGAAGAAGAAAAGUGAAGACUCCGAUGAAGAAGACUUGUUUGCUAUCAGUGACAAAUGGACCUUUGAGUGGAGUAGCAGGCGUUGGUCCAGGUUACAGGACAUUGAGUGUCUGCUGGGAAACCACAGCGAGGGUCAGCCCUCCAGGGACAACGUGCCUCUGAGAAUCACUACCAGCAGCGAGAGUGUUCUGACGGACCUCAGCGAGCCAGAGGUCUCUUCUUUACAUAGUGAGAGCAGUGGAGGCAGCGGUCUAAGGGGCCUCAGUACAGAGGACUCUGACUGCUCUAACCGCACCUGCUCGGAUUCUGCAGCAACGCCAGACUGUACUUCUCUCACAAUGCCUCAGCCCAAAGAAAUUGCUCACUACUGUUCACUACCGGAUAAGCAUGGCAAGGCUAGCCGCAUCCGUGCCAAAGACUUCCUGAAGCGCAUGGAGACACUGCGCUCCCGAGGAACUCUGGGAAGGGUUCAUAAAACGUUGGUCAUCAGUUCUCCAGUGCUGCAGCAGGAGGCCCAGGCACUGAAGACCCUGCGGUGCGUUGAGAUCAUAAAUGGAGAUGGUGGGGCUCCAGAAACACCGUCCAACAAAGUUCUGCCGUCCCAUUCCAGUAGUGAGGGUAGCAGCCAUUCUAGUGGCAGCGCUGUCAGCACACCCAGCCUGAAAGAGCGUAAAGCUCACCGGGCAGACUACAAACGCAGCGGCAUGUAUUUGGAGGAUGUAGACAUCUUCUCAGGCACCCAAGUAAAUAAAGUUGCAGAACAAAACCGCAGGAAUGAAUUCUGCUCCUAUGAAGACCUGGUGGUCCACAUUCCCAAAGACCACAAGCCAGGAACCUUCCCCAAAGCACUGUCCAUAGAGAGCUUGUCCCCAACAAAUGGGGCCUCUAUCAACUGGCACACAGGCAGCAUAGACCUGGUCUCCCCACGGAUUUCAUGCAGGAAGGAAUCCAGGCCUGUUACCCAGUGCUGCUCCAGAGGCAGUCGCAUCAGUGUGUACGACAAUGUUCCUGGCUCGCAUCUGUAUGCCAGCACUGGAGACCUGAUAGACCUGGAGAAAGAGGACCUGUUCCCUCACCUAGAUGAUAUCUUGCUGCAUGUCAAUGGUCUACAGCAGAUAGUGGACCACUGGUCUAAGAAUGUGUUGCCUGUUGGAGAAGGGCAAGCGCAGGUGGAUGGCGGGAGGGAAGAUCCAGUAGGCCUCCAGUCCUCUAGUCAGAUCACAUUGGACUUUGAGGGAAAUUCUCUCACAGAAAGCCAGACCACACCUAGUUAUGGGGACAGAGACAGAGUGUCACUUGCUGAGACCGAAUCAACAAGGUUCAGGGAAAGGAGGGACUCAGGAGUAGGUGCUUCACUCACAAGACCUAAUCGGUUACGAUGGCCCAGCUUUCAGAUAUCUAAUCGCUUAAGUCACUCAGUGGCAUCGCUGCAGAUUACCAACCAGUCAGCAGGCCAGCUGAGUUUGUUACAGAAGUUUUCUCUGCUGCGUCUUACUGCAAUCAUGGAGAAGUACUCCAUGUCCAACAAGCAUGGCUGGACUUGGUCUGUGCCAAAGUUUAUGAAGAGAAUGAAGGUACCGGACUAUAAGGAUAAGAAUGUGUUCGGGGUGCCUCUUAUAGUGCAUGUGCAGCGUUCUGGACAACCGUUGCCCCUCGGCCUGCAGCAGGCCCUGCGGUAUCUGAGGAGCGAGUGUCUUGACCAGGUGGGUCUCUUUCGUAAAUCAGGAGUGAAGUCUCGAAUUCAGGCUCUUAGGCAGAUAAAUGAGAGUUCUCCAGACAAUGUGAACUAUGAGGAUCAGUCUGCCUAUGAUGUAGCUGACAUGGUGAAGCAGUUCUUCAGGGAUCUACCUGAGCCUCUGCUCACCAGCAAGCUGGGCGAGACCUUCCUCCAUAUCUACCAAUAUGUGCCAAAGGAACAAAGGUUGCAAGCUGUCCAGGCAGCCAUCAUGUUGAUGUCAGAUGAAAACCGAGAAGUGCUGCAGACACUGCUCUGUUUCCUCAGUGAUGUCACUUCUUCUGUGGAGGAGAACCAGAUGACACCCAUGAACAUUGCUGUGUGCCUGGCCCCUUCCCUCUUUCAUCUUAACAUACUCAAGAAAGACAAUCUCUCUCCAAGGGCCAUGCAGAGGAAGUACGCCACUGGCAGACCAGACCAGAAAGAUCUGAAUGAAAACUUAGCAGCAACACAGGGCCUCGCUCAUAUGAUCGUAGAGUGCAACCGUCUCUUUGAGAUCCCUCAUGAGAUGGUUACUCAGUCGCGUAAUUCAUACGUGGAGGCUGACUUGCAUGCGCCAACAAUUGACGAGCUGUGCAAGCAGCUGGAAGAUGAUGAUGGAACAUACCAAACUCUUAUGGAGGGUAGACUUCAAAAUCUGCUUAAAGAGUCCCGGGAAAAGUCCAAAUACUGGGUGUCCUGCAGUAGCUCAGACAACACAGAGCUCUACUAUAAGAAGGUGGGAGAUGGGAACCCUUUGAGACGUUGGCGAGUGUCUGUGGAGGUGGAAGCACCACCAUCUGUAGUGUUGAACCGUGUGCUGCGAGAGCGCCACCUGUGGGAUGUGGACCUGCUGCAGUGGAAAGUGUGUGAGACACUGGACAAGCAGACAGAAGUGUUUCAGUAUGUGCUCAAUCGAAUGCCUCCUCAUCCCAGCAGGGACUUUGUAGUUCUCAGGUCAUGGAGGACAGACUUGCCCAAAGGUGCCUGCUCCCUGGUUUCUGUGUCUAUAGAGCAUGAGGAUUGUCCUCCAGUUGGAGGGGUACGAGCUAUAGUCCUGGAGUCCAACUAUCUGCUAGAGCCCUGUGGCUCAGGAAAAUCCAGACUAACUCACAUCUGCAGAGUGGACCUGAAGGGAAGGACUCCAGAUUGGUACAACAAAGCGUUUGGUCACCUUUGUGCUGCAGAAGCUGCCCGGAUCCGCAACUCUUUUCAGCCACUAAUCACAGAUGGCCCAGAGACUAAAAUCUAAAACUCUUUGCCAGUUGUGUCUGCUCAGCCUUGAGAUCAAGAUUGAGCCUUUGAGUCAUUGCUAACAGGCAGACACAAAUCAUAGACAAUACCCCUGAACUAAAGCACAGUUCAUCCUGUUUUUCUUUGCAGAGCAGAAAUGCUCUGAAAAUAAUUUUGAGCUCCUCUGUACUUGCACAAUGACAAAAGAGGACAUCUUAUAGGUGCUAAGCAUAAUUACUCAAUGGGAAAUUAAUCAUCCUGCCAAUGUCCUUAUAUUAGGAUUUUAUUUACAUUGAUGUUGCUAAAUUUGUAUUUCAUGAUAACUAUUAACUUUAAUAAUAUUGUAUUACUGUUGCUUUAAUCUACAAUGUCUAAGACAUUCAAGCUCUUAAACGCUUCUGGGAAGCAUGUAUAUGUUAUUCAUUUCAGAUUUAAAGCUAUAAUUAUUAUGAUGUAGACUUAAGUGUCUGUAUAUACUUUAUGUAUGUGUGUGUGUGUGUGUGUGUGUGUGUGUGAAUAUACUGUACAUGCAAACAAAAUGUAUAUAUUCUAUAUAUGUGAAGGGAUAAAUAGUACAUAUGUAAUAUGUAUGUAAUAUCCUAUAUAUUGAUUAUUUCACUGCGUCAACCUUCCUGUAAUACACAUGGUACAAAAUUGUAAGCUGGUUUUACUUUGCUUCAGUAUUGCCAUUUUGGAAUGGGUGUAAUUUUAUUCAACUUUGACCUCCUGUGGUUGUAAAAAAGAAUGACAUAAGGUUUGACUUGAUCAUACCUGCUCAAGGGUACUGGAUUGUGCAGCCAAGUACAAGAGACAUCAUUUUUUAAUAAAACUAUCAAAAUUAUAAAA